ACGUCGGUCUGCGGAUCGCGUCCCCUUCUCCUUCCCUUUCAUACUUCUCCGAACAAGAUGGAUCAAAAGAAAACAGAACCGGACUCAUACCACCGCAACGGAAUCGCCCAGGUUGUUCUGUACGGGGAAUUCACGGCCACAGCCAACAGAAAGGUCAGGUAUGCAGUGUGCUUGACAGAGAUCGACCUCACUGUUCAAAAGAUCACCUCGACACCUGCGGGACGGAGCAAGGUGGUCUUCAACUUGAGAGACUGUGUCGGUUGCCGGGCUUUCAAGGGAGAGGACAACACGGACGUUGGAGCUUAUUUUUCAGCAUAUUUUUACCCUUUUAAGAGGAGAUGGAUGAGUUCCGGGGUGGCCCGUCAGAGGGUUGAGCAGUGUUUUCGGGUAGCACUGGCACAGGACUCCCAUGCGAACCUUGAGGAGGCACAGCGAUGGGCUCGUGCCAUUGACGAAGGUUCCGUCCGCCAGCUGCCACAGAGAGAUGGUGUGCUGUACAGCGAGGUACGGAGGCCCUGCAGGGUCAUGCUGCUCCUGAACCCACACAGCGGGAAGGGUCAGGCGCUCAGUCUCUUCACAGGCCACGUCCAGCGCAUGCUCACAGAGGCUGGAGUCCCGCACACUCUGGUCAUCACCGAGCGGCAGAACCACGCCCGGGAGCUGGUGAGAGAGGCAGACCUUUCGCAGUGGGACGCCAUGGUCAUCAUUUCGGGGGACGGGCUGCUGUUCGAGGUGGUGAACGGGCUGAUGGAGAGAGAGGAUUGGGAGGCCGCCAUUCAGACUCCGCUGGGGAUCUUGCCCGGGGGCUCAGGGAACGCACUGGCUGCCUCCAUCCACCACUACUCGGGGUCCCAGCCGGUGUCGAGCGAGGAGCUGCUGGUGAGCUGCGGCUUCCUGCUGUGCAAAGGGCUGGUGUCUCGGAUGGACCUGGUGUCCGUCCACACGGCCUCCAGCCAGCGCCUCUUCUCCUUCCUGUCGCUGGCCUGGGGCUUCGUGGCGGACGUGGACAUUGAGAGCGAGAAGUACCGGCACGUCGGGGCGGCCCGGUUCACGGUGGGCACGCUGGUGCGGCUGGCCUCCCUGCGCGUCUACCAGGGCCGGCUGGCCUAUCUGCCCGCCGAGGAAACACCUUCCACAACUCCUGUAACUCCAACAACGCCGCCAAGGGGCCCGCCGGACUCCCUCCUGGCGCCCCUGGAGCAGCCGGUGCCCGGCGACUGGACGGUGGUGGAGGAGGAGGACUUUGUGCUGAUGCUAGCCAUGUACCAGUCCCACCUGGCGGAGGACCUGCUGGCCGCCCCCGGCGCCACUCUGGAGGACGGCCUCAUCCACCUCUUCUACGUCAAGGCCGGCAUCUCCCGCGCCGCCCUGCUGCGCCUCUUCCUGGCCAUGGAGAAGGGCACGCACCUGGCCAGCAGCUGCCCCUACCUGGUGCACGUGAAGGUGCGGGCGCUGCGGCUGGAGCCCUUCUCCCCGAAAGGCGUGAUCACGGUCGACGGGGAGUCGGUGGACUACGGACCCAUUCAGGCUCAGGUCCAUGGCGGGUUAGCCCGACUCAUCUCUGGGUGACAGCCGGGCCCAGCCCAUACACACGGCUCCAGUGACCGCACAGACAUGCAGUCCUGCACAUAGAUCAUAGAUCCAAAGGUCUGACUAUUGAGGUUUUUACGUUUUCUCUCAGAACUGAAGUUUUGAAAGUGCCAAAGUCGCGAGCCUUUGGAAAGUUUUACAAUUGAUUUUCCUACAGCGUGAGAUCG